AGUUCGCUGUAGUACGUCCAACGAGCGACACACUUGACCACUCGGCGGGCCGCAGAAUUCUCAAAAAGAACACAAUUACAAAAUUCAGAUUUGCAAAAUUUACAGAGUGUCAGUGCCAGUGCCAGUGCCAUGGAGAAGACUUCAUCCUCGCGACCCAAGCGCAAUCGUCGCCACAGCAGACGUGCCUGGCCACCAGAGGACGAGCUGCAGCAGCCGAUGCGGGCUGCCAAGCGUUUGUUCACGCCGGACAUCAAGCGCAUGCUGAAGGACUGGCUCAUACGACGGCGGGAGAAUCCCUAUCCCAGCAGGGAGGAGAAGAAGCAGCUGGCGGGAGAGACGGGCCUGACGUACACCCAGAUCUGCAAUUGGUUCGCCAACUGGCGGCGCAAGCUGAAGAACUCUGAGCGGGAGAAGGCCAAAAAGUCGUGGGGACACCUCAUCAAGAACUACAACCACAAUGCGCGGGGGAACGUCGAGCAGUUCAGCAUCUCAUCGGAGGACAGCAUAUGGGAGGAGGAGAUGCGGCCAUGUGUGGGCGAAGACGACGAUGGGGACUACGACGACGAUGAGCUGGAGCUGUCCAGCCGCAGCACGGGCAGCGAUGGCAACGCCAACAACGCCUCCACAGCUGUGUACAAGCCAAACUUUUACGUGGAGUCUGGGAACAUGUCGGAGCACAGUAGUCAGCGCAUUCCCAUGCUGCCCACUGUGCCGGUGGGCAGGCCCAAGUACAAGCACCAAAUGAUGGAGAAAUAUCUGCGGGAUAGCACGGCAGAGGACGCGGCUACGGGGCCAACGACCACGCAGCCAGCCACCGCCACGCAGCUCAACAAGUGGCUGGAGAGCGCAGCGAAGUUCACGCCAGACCGAAACAAUUACCACAUCGAAUGGAAUACGAGCAGACAAAAAUGUAGCAGUGGACAGGGACAGGGGCAGGAGCGACCUGUCACGGCCACGGCUCGCGGUGAUGGCUGGAUGCUGCAUCACAAGGACGAACUGGAUGCCGCCGAGGCUCUGGCGAAUCUCGCCUUCAACUGCAGACAGCGCUGGCAUCACAUGACAACGAUCAGCUCCUGAGAGAGCUCCAUCGCAUCGGCACCCGAAACGCAUCUGACGCCAUCAUUCCAGCAGAAGAUUCAGGCCCGUUGGAAAAGUGCAAUCUAGUCGUAGUUAACAUUUCUAGCUGCUAGUUUAGUAUGAA